AAAAAUGCAUUGAUAGUGACUGCUCAUCCUGAUGACGAAGCGAUGUUCUUCUCACCUACUAUAUUGGCAUUGACGAGGAAUGGUUGGAAUGUCUCUGGUUUAUGUUUAUCGAAUGGGAAUGCCGAGGGUCUAGGCAAACAACGUGAAAAAGAAUUAUACGCAUCUUAUAAUCGUCUCGGCGUACCUUCUUCCAAAGUGGAAAUCAUCAAUGAUCCUGCAUUACAAGAUGGUAUGCAAAGAGCCUGGAUGCCUUCAGAUACUGGAAAAUACGUUUAUAGACGUUUAGACACUGAACCUUUCUCCGUUGUGAUCAAAUUCGAUAAAUACGGUAUUUCCGGUCAUAUAAACCAUCGAGCCGCAUCGCUAGCUUGUUCACCUGUCAAUUGGCCUUUCCUCAUAACUACUCGUAAACUUAAAGUUUGGGCAGUCAAAACUCCAUCUUUGUUGGAGAAAUACAUGGGUCCAUUUCCCGCUAUAUAUCAUUUGGUUCAUACUCGAAUAGCGGACACGGAAAAAGUGGAAGUCAUUAAUGGUUUGGAGAGGUGGUGGACGGGGAUUGAAGCAAUGAGAGAACAUAAGACGCAAUUGGUUUGGUUUAGAUGGAUUUGGUUGGGUGUGGGGAGUUUACAAUGGACCAAUACCCUG